AUUUUUUUUGCAUCGUAAAAUAUUAUUAUUUAUUUUUUUAUAAUAAGAAAUGUCGUCAAAAGGGUUUGUGAAAUGUAAUUACUGUAAUUAUGUGUCAACAUUAGAAGAGGAUAUAUAUAAUCAUAUAUGCUCUGGUAGAGAUAAUGAGAACUAUGAUAAUGUAAAUCAAUAUUCUUCUCAUAAUGAUGUUCUGCCGUCUCGUAAGAUAAUUUUUUAUAUUCUUUCAAUUUUUUUACUUCUUUUUUAUACAUUUAGGUGUUCAAAUUACAUAUAUACAUGCACACCAUCAACAUCCUCUUUUUCAUUAUGUUUCUAUUGUCUUUUCUUCUUUUUACUCUUCACUUUUUUUCAUAGAUUUCUUUCUAUUUUUUUUUGGCUGAUGUAAAUAAAUGGUUUAAAAUAACACGAUAUAUUUUAAAAAUGCCGCCAAUUUAGCUGUAUUCCAUCACAACCACCAGGGGUUUAAUGUAACCGUCUUUGUAAAAAUGAAACAUUCCUUUACCGUGUACUCGUAAAUAAUUUAAAAAUAUCUGAUUAUUCAAUAAUUAUUUAAUUAAAUAAUAAUGUUUAUUUAUUUAUUGUUAAUAGAGAUAAUUUUAUAGUAAAUUCAGUGUCGUUAUAUUGAUAAUUUUAUAAAAAAUGGAAAGGAGUGAUUAUAAUUCAAUAGUAUACGCUUGGUUUGAAAGAUCAGGAAUAAUAUCAAAUAUUCGUACGCAACUGCGGCAGAAUUUAGUGAAUGCUUUAAAGGGAAAAGAUAUGACACUGAGUAAAGUAAAUGCAGUUCCCAAAUCAGCCAAGCAAUAUGUUUAUGAUUUAUUAAUUGCUGAAUAUUUAUGGAAUCAUAAUUAUGCUUAUACAUUGUCUGUAUUUGCUAGUGAAGCGCCAUUAUUGGUAAAUUUUCGUAAUGAUGUACCUCAAUCAAAUGAAACUGCAAACAUAAAUGGCAAUCAUCAUAAACUACAGACUGAUUAUGUAUUACAUACUCUAGAAACCUUAGGAAUCAAUCCGAAAGACUCUGAUGGUCAAUUAAUUUUAUCAGAGUAUGAAAAAAAUGAUGUGCCAUUACUUUUAACAAUUUUAAAAUUCAUGUGCCAUUCAUUAUAUCUUAGAAUCAAGAAAACAGAUGAAUUGAGUAGUAAAUGUAUUCAAAAUAACGGAACGCAAACAGAUACUUUUAGUCAUGAUAUUAUUUUAGAAAAAAGUAAAAUUAUUGCAGCAAAAAAAAAAUUAUUAAGACAGAGAGAUUUAUAUAACAAUCGAUUGAAAGAUAAAGAAGCAGAAUUAAAUAAACGUGCUUCUAAAAUUGAAGAGCAAUUGAUUGUAUUAAAUGAAAAACUAAGUCAUGCACAAAUUAUGAUGCAGGGAGUGAUUGUUAAAGAGCGAAAACUCAUUAAAAAGAAAAAGGAAUUGAGCCAAUUGGAUAGAAAAAAUUUAAAUUCGAGUGAAGAAAGAUCAUCUAUUCAAAAAACUAAAAGGCCUGAAAAAGAUCAAGAUAAUUAUCAACUUUUUAAGUCUGACUUGAAAAAAAUCCAAGAAGAAUCAGCCAAAGUACAAAGAGAAAUUUUUACUAAAAAUAAAAACGAAAAUUUGAUUAUAAAAAUAAGUAAACGUGAAAUAUGUACCCAAACAGAGGUACAGGGAGAUGUUAAUUAUGAAAUAAGAAAAGAUGAUGAGAAACUUGAACUUCAAAAUCUUGUUGAGAAACAAAAAUUACGAAUAGAAGAGCUUACUUUGCGAGCAAUUCGCCUUGCUCGACAACUAGAAGAAACACAAUUGGUUAAAUCUUCAACAGUAGAAAUAAUAAAACCAAAAGUACAAAUGUCAAAAAUUAAUAGCGUUCUUAGUGAAAGUAGUUCCACUGAUGAUAUAAUUCAAGAUGCAAAACAAAGACUUAAACGUUUAGAAGAAGAAAGUUUAAAAGCUGAUCAAUCAUAUUUCAAUUGUAUCACAAACUUUCCAUUUCUACGAUAAUAAGUAUUUCUUUAUUGCAAAAAAUGAAUAUUCAUAAAAGUGUUAAUAUUGUAUUUGUAGUGAUUAUUUUUGUAUAUUUUU